UAGAAAAUUUGGGUUUGUUAGAUACUUGGACAUCAAAAACCCAAGAGAGAUGGAGUUAAACCUGUGCAAAAUAAAAGUGGGUGACAGGAGUCUCCAAGCAAAUCUAGCAAUGUAUAAUGAGGAAAAUGGUGAACUAGGAAUGAAGAAAAGGGAGAGCAAGUCUAAUGCAGGCCCGUCCAAGCGAGUGGAAGCCACCGUUGGAACAAAAUCGUAUGCUGACGUAGUAAGGAGUAAUGAGGGGUUGUCAAAAGAAAAAGGAGUACAGGGGAAGAGAUGGACUCCAAAGAAGAACAGUAGAUGGAAUGAAGAGAUGGGGGAGCCGGUAGAGAUAUGGGAGUGCCAACCAAGUGCAGAAAAUGAAGAAUGGUUGAAGAACUGUUUUGUUGGGCAGAUCCAAAGGAUAGAAAUGAUUACAGAGCUUAAAGACAAAAUUAUGAUUGAAGGAUUCUUCUCAAUAAACAUCACUCCAAUGGGGGGAAACUUGGUGUUAAUGCACAGUGAGGUUGAAGGGGAGAUAACGAAGCUUGUCAAAGAGGGCAGUGGGUGGAUAGGAGAAUGGCUCAGUGAUAUAAGACCUUGGAGCCUAAAGGAGGUGGCAAAAGAAAGAUACACAUGGCUCCAGUGCUACAGCAUUCCUUUGAAUGUAUGGAAUGAAGAGUUUUUUAUAAAGUUCGGGAACCGGUAUGGGAAAGCUGUUGAGGUUGAUCAACUUACAACUCUCAAGAAAAGGCUGGAUGUAGGUAGAGUCCGUAUAUCAACAACUACACCGGAAAAUAUCUCAAAGUCAUUGAAGAUCAAAGUGAACGAAGUGUUGUUUCAAGUGAGAAUUUGUGAAGAAACAGGGAGGGAGAAUGUCUAUAGUCCAUAUAUGUCAUUAGAGGAGGAGGGAGAGUCCUCGGAGGCACUAUGGGUGGAGGAAUCAUCUCUAGGUGAAAGUGACUCAGAAUGGGAAGAUAGGGAGCUCAUAGAGGAUUCCCUGCAAUUUUCAACGAGGAAGGCAAGAAUGGAGGGGGACAAUCAGCCGGUAGAGGAAGGAGGAUGCACACCGGCGGGAAAUUUUGAAUCACCAUUGGAGGAAGCCAGAAAGGCAAAAGUGAUAGAUGGGACAGAUGGGGAAGCUGGGUCAGAUGGAGAAGCAAAGACAGCUGGCAGCUGCCAUACUAGGAAGGAGUAUUCUUGCUCUAACGGCUACAUUGAAGAGGUUGAGUCUCCAAGGGAGCAGUCGACUAAUGAGGAAAAAAAAGAUAUACAGAAACGGGACACAGUGGACAGCACUUAUUUAAAAGGUCCAAAGGAACAAUCCAGAAUCUCGGUGGGAGCAAAGGAGCAAAAAGCAAACAGAAACACAAAAGAAAGUGAAUCAGAUGAAGUGGAGAGAAACGAAGAUGCUAGAGAUGAUGCGAUUAAGUUCUGGGAAGGGCUAGCAAGUGAGGAAGAGUUAGCACAGCUGAGAAAAAAAGGAAAACAGCAGAGAAAGUUGAGGAAGAGCAAAGGAGAUCAAAAAAAGAAAGAAGAAAGAAAGAAGAAACAAGUAGCGGCAGGGGGCAUGGAAGUGAGUAUAGAAAAAUCCAAAGAAAGAGAUGAUCAAACGGAGAACACAACUGAAGUUUCACAAAAAGGGAUCUCCAUUUCAGUGAGUGACAUCAACAAUUGUAAUAGGAGGUUUAUGUUGAGAUCGUGGGAAGAAGAGGCAAGUGAACUAUGGGCAGUGGGAAAAAAAUUGGGUUUGGUUAGAAGGGGAAGGGGGAAGAAGAGAGAAAUAAGGGAGAUGGUAGCAAAGGAGAAAUUUGAUGUGGUGUUCAUACAAGAAACCAAGAUGGACUCAAUUGACGUUAGGACGAGCAGAGCAAUCUGGGGAGUAGGGGAUGUUGACUGGGUGAUGAAACCGACAAUAGGUAAUUCAGGGGGUAUAAUGUGCUUUUGGAACCAAACUAGUCUCAAAGCCUACAACAAGUUUGAAGGUCACGGAUUUUGUGGGGUUGAAGGUCAGUGGGGGAGCGAAGAGGUUAUGCUGAGCAAUUACAGUGACAGAUGGUGGUGUAUUGGAGGGGAUUUUAAUGCUAUAAGAAGUGUAGAAGAGAAACAGGGGAAAUAUAUUGAUCUAGGCAGUAUGGAUGAUUUUAAUGAUUUUAUUUCAAGCAAUGAGCUGGUAGAUUUACCAAUGAGAGGCAGGAAGUAUACAUGGCAGAUAACUAAUGGCAUUAUCAUAAUAAAUGAGGUGUUGCAUGAUAUGAAGAGGAGCAAUAAGGCGGGACUAAUUUUCAAAUCUGAUUUUGAAAAGGCAUAUGAUAAUGUGGAAUGGGACUUCUUAGAGUUUAUGAUGGAUAAGUUGGGAUUUAAUGUGAAAUGGAGGAAUUGGAUGAAAGAAUGUGUAUCAACGGCAACAGUGUCUGUGCUUAUAAAUGGUAGCCCAACAGAAGAGUUCCAUGUUGGAAGAGGACUUAGACAAGGCGACCCUCUCUCACCUUUUUUGUUUUUAAUGGUAGCAGAAGCUUUAAGUGGCCUAAUGAGAAAAGCUGAGGAGAUCGGAAUGCUGAAAGGAAUUUAGGUUGGCAAAGGUGAGCUCCGUAUCUCACACUUACAGUUUGCAGAUGACACCAUUCUAACAUGUGAGGCAACUGAGGAGAGUGCAUGGGCAAUGAAAUGUGUAAUGCGAUGUUUUGAGCUGAUUUCUGGCCUCAAGGUGAAUUUUGAUAAGAGUUGGCUUUGCAGAAUGAACGUAGAUGGUGAUU